AUGGGCAUGAUGAAUAUCACAGGUCUGAAGGUAUUCACUCUGAUAAUUCUUUUUCUAAAUGGAUUAUCCGCGGGCUAUAAGUGCUUGACGCAAACCAAAUUGCGUUACACCAAGACGCUGCUGUCAGACUUAAUGAUAAACACGGUGGACACAGAAAACGGCAAAAUAUUCCAUCCACUUAUCGCAGGCUCUGUGCGACUUGGUUUCCACGAUUGUGUGGGUGGGUGUGACGGUUGUAUUAAUCUGAACAACCCAGAUAACGCUGGUUUGGAUACUACUUUCAAUGCACUGAAUGAUUUAUAUGCCAGAGAGCGAAUUGAUCGGAUAAUGUCUAGAGCUGAUUUUUUCGCCUUAGCGGGAAUAGUUGGAGCAGAAGUUGGUUCAAAGAUGAAAAGUGGGCAGAGUCAAGUGCAAUCUCCACGCAUACCAUUUCACUGGGGAAGAAGAGACUGCCCAACAUCACCAAUAACUACAGAAAUGCGAGUUUUCCCUAACGCUUUAGGAAACCUGACGGAAACUGUCGAUUACUUCCGAAGAGUCUUUGAUCUCACGCCCGAACAGUUAGCAGCCGUUUUAGGUGCUCACACGUUAGGAGAUGCAAGGAAAGAUGCAUCUGGUUUUGACGGUGAGUGGGUCAUAGAAAGAGACGUUUUUGACAACGACUUUUAUCGUGUUUUAUCAGAUAAAACUCAACUUUGGGUUCAGGAAAAUGAAAACCCUGAUGAUCCAAACAAACCCAGAUGGCAGUGGAACGCCAAGAAACAUAGAGAAGGCAAGGAAGGCAUCAUGAUGUUAAAUACGGAUAUGGAAUUGUUCAAGAACACAGCACCUAAUAGUGACGGAAGAGUUACAUCUUGUCCUGCUGAUGUCUCGACAUGUCCGUCGUCACGUUUAGCUGAUAGAGUGAAACUAUAUGCUAGCGACAAUGCCAAGUUUUUGGCAGACUUUUCUGUUGCUUACGGGAAAAUGCUGACCACUGGCUAUAAAUCGUGGGAGCUGCGAUACCCUUCCCUAUACUAA